AUGCCCUGCUUGCGCCAUCUCAUUCCCCAGCCUCACCCACCCAACUUUUAUCUGUGGCAGAGGCAAAUAGAGAAAGAGAAAGAGAAAGCGGUGGCCGAGUUCAGAAGUCUGCACCAGUUCUUGGAGGAGCAAGAGGACCUCCUUCUGGAGAAAAUGCAAGAGGUGGAGGAGGAGAUUGCAAGGAAAAUGGAGAAGCACAUGGCCAGUCUCUACAGGGAUCUCAUACCCCUUGAAACUCUCAUCCUGGAGAUGGAAGUGAAGCUUCAGAGGCCAACCAAUGAAGUCCUGCAGGAUAUUGGAAGCCUUUUGAAGACGUUUGAGGAGAGAGAGGUGAUUAAGACACCAGUGGUUUUUUCUCCUGCAUUAAACUGGAGGGCGUGGGAAUUCAGUGAUAUGAACCCAUUUCUGGAAGGUGUCAUACAGGAAUUCAAAGACGCCCUGACAUCUGAUUUGAAAUAUCUACAGAAAGGUAAGCAGUGA